UGACAUUAGGGUAGGAGAAUUCAAGUUUCGAGACCUCGGGUGCAAUGGACAAUGCUCUUAAGCAACUGAGCUACGAGGCCUCUGCGAGAGGCUUUGAGGUUUGUUGGAGGAAUGUGUGAAUUGCAGAGCAAUGGAGGUUGAAUUGUGAAAUGUUGGUUGAUAGUUGAUAGGGUGUAGUAGGUGGGGCUUAUUUAAUGGCCAACUUUAUGAGAUUGUGACCGUAUUGUAUAUAUGAAUGAUUGAGCUAAAGGUCUGGAAAGUACGAGGUAUGCAUGUAUAGGUGACCGUAACAAGUUACAAUUGAAGAAAGAAAACAAUUAUUGGAAAUAAUUGAAGAGAGUGGGAGAGAUGCAGAGGUGAUGUCCAUGUAUAAUCUUUUAUAAAGGUGGGAAAUUUUAUAUGUGGUCAGAGGAUAAAAAUCCCGGUUAGCAUAAAAUUCACCUCAAAAUAUUUGCAGGGGAAUGGGGAACAGUUGACAAACUUACUGGAGGUUCAGGUUUUGUAGUAAGUUUGUGAAUUGGUGGGGCUUGUUAAAAGUACUUGACUGAGAAGAAAUGACUUGGAUGUGUGGAAUACAAUAGCAUCUGGUGACUGGGUGCUUUUGCGUUAUUUGAAGACACGAUUUUGGAGUAGUUUUAUGAAUUCGGUGCUGAUGAUGGAGUGGAAUGAAAAACCUCCUUCACUGUGGGAUUUGGAGAACCUUUUCAUGUAUGGUGCAAAAGUUACUGAAAAUCCUAAGAAGUUGCAACCAGCAGACUGGGGAAUUGAAGGGGAACGAGGAAUGAAUUCUGAAUCUUUCUAUUCGAUUGGGGGUGAUGGGGGUAGUGGGGUUUCUGGCUCUGAUUUGGGAGAUGGUUCAUCAAAGAGUUCGAAAUCAGCUUCUGUCAAUUCUUCAGUCGAGGAAGGUAAGAAAUCCAAUUUCAACUUUGAGGCUUUUGAAGGUUUCCCGAAGGAUUUCUUUGAUAAAAAGGAUUCAGCUGAAGCUGAGGCCCUUGGAUCUUCUCCAACUCAUGAGGUUUCGGCUGGCUCCGGCGAGCCAUUGCUCAGUCUAAAGCUUGGUAAGCGGAUGUACUUCGAAGACGUUUGUGCUGGAAAUAAUCAUGAGACCUCUUCUCUUUCUAUUAUUUCCACAUCUAUGGCGACAAAGACAAAGAGGUUUAAGUCUGCUGCUCAGAGUGCAUUUGCAUCACACUGUCAAGUUGAAGGCUGCAAUCUUGAUCUUUCAUCAGCCAAAGAUUACCAUCGCAAACAUAGAAUUUGUGCAAAUCAUUCCAAAUCUCCGAAGGUUGUUGUAGAUGGUGUGGAACUUCGGUUUUGUCAACAGUGUAGCAGGUUCCAUGGCCUUUCUGAUUUUGAUGAAAACAAGCGAAGCUGUCGCAAGCGACUUUCUGAUCACAAUGCAAGGCGCCGCAAGCCACAGACAGAAGUAGUGAGACACCCAUCAAGGCUGUCUUCAUCACUGUUCAGCACAGAUGGCAUGAGCCUUUCUUUGGACCAAGGUCCCUAUGAUUACACAAAGCAUGCUUCAAAUUUAACAUGGGAUGGCUCGUGCAACCUCAAGUUUGCACAAACGAAAGAGUAUUUUCCAAAUCCUGCAAAAGCAGGAGGUACUGCCAGAGAGCUAAAUUUUCCCAACAGUGGAAGUCCAGGCUCGAUAAAUGUGCUUUAUCAGGAUUCCAGUAGGCUGUCACCAUCUAAGGCCACUGCGGCUGAGGUUCUUAACCGAGGUGCUGAAGAAUCUAUGAUCUCUUUCAACCUGGAUGCAACGCAGGAUAUUCAUCGUGCUCUCUCUCUUCUGUCAACGAGUCCUUGGGUCUCAGGCGAGGGGAAAUCUGUUCCACUUGAUACCAAUCAAAGUUAUCAUAACAACUCACCUCAACAGGGGAUGCAUGCGAUGACUCAAGGUGUGCCGGCCUCUUCAGAGUACUGGCAAACUCAGCAUCCACCCCUAGAUACCCAAGCACACGUCUCCCACUCACACAGUAAUGUUGGCAACCAAUUUCAGGAUCUUCAUCAGUUCAAAGCGCCGUAUGCGUUUGGCUAUAAUCCAAACCAAUUCAGUUGACUCCACCUGGAGUACUGUUCUUUCACCCGCAUAACUUAUCAUGUUAAGAAACUCGGCACUGCUUUGGUUUUUUACGGACGAAAUUCCGGGGAUUAGGCAUUAUAUUAUCGGUUGCGAAUGCAGGAGCUGUGUAUGUGUUUAAUCUGGUGCUAUCAUAUCUCCUUUGUUAUGGCAUGUAUAAUUUGACAAUUUGUAGCAAAUUGGUUCACUGUUACAUUGCUUUACACAUGCAUUUUCUUUUA